AUGAUUCUUCGCGUGGCAGGCACGCCCCUCUCGCCCAAGCUCACUCAGAAGCUCGUUCUCAUCAUCUUGGCCGUCUUCAUUUCGGCGACAGCCCUUUCGAGGUAAUUGGGAAUAGCAGUAGUAGUCUCACCCAUCAUCAUGUGCACCCCAGGCAGCAUUCCGGUAUUCGAAUCCAUUUCGGCGGCAGAUUUCCGCUCUACCAUCCAACCCACCCGUCGUCCUGCCAUUCUUCGUGGGAUGCCCGUGGGGCCCUGUGUCCCAGCCUGGGCCGAUCUGGAGCAUUUGAAACGGCACACCCCCAAUGGACCGGUCCGAAUCCAUGUGACCACCCACGCUCACAUGGAUUUCCGGCGCAAGAAUUUCCAAUAUGGUACCUUGGAUUUUCAUACUUUACUGGAACGAGCCUCCCGCGAUCCUGAAGAGGCGAUAACUGAACCUUUUAUCGACCCAAGAGAGUUGUAUUACUUGCGAUCGGUUAGUCUGGACCCUCGGUCCCGAGAAACGGUGCGACUUGAGCGAGAUUUCCCGGAUUUGGCCCACGAGUUUCGGCUCCCGGAGUUUUUCCCACCGGAUCGGUUCUUCUCGAGUGUUUUGCGAGUCUCUUCGCCCGGAGUCCGGGUUUGGACCCAUUAUGAUGUGCUCGAUAAUGUCUAUGUGCAGGUGGUGGGUCGGAAGAGAGCUGUGAUGUGGGCACCGUCGGAUGCUUUGAAUUUGUACUUGGAUGGGGAUAAGUCGCGGGUAGUGGAUAUCGAUCAACCGGACUUGGCCGCUUUUCCCAAAUUCGCUCAGGCCACUCCGUUUGAAGGUUGGCUCGAGCCGGGGGAUAUUCUCUUUAUCCCGGCCAUGUGGUUUCACAAUAUGACUGCUCGAGAUUUUGGCGUGGCCGUGAAUGUGUUUUGGCAGAACUUGGAUCAGGGACUGUAUGACCGGAAAGAUCCGUAUGGCAACCGUGACCUUUUACCCGGAGCCAAAGCUCUUCGUAUGUUGGACAAUGUCAUGAAACAACUCGAAGAGCUCCCGGAGGAUCUCAAGGACUUUUAUGGACGCCAAUUGAUCGCCCGCAUAGAAAAGAAGUGUCUUUUGAACGAGAAAUGUCCGGAAUAAAAAACCGUUUUCAUCUCUUUA